UACUUUUCAUACUGUAACUUGCACGGGACAUGAUCUCAACUCUUCUCCAUGCCUGCAGCCUCUGGGCCCAAGCAAGCAUGUACGUGAGGGACGAGCUCUUGGAUGUCCACUGCGUGCUGCAGCUUGCCGUCGACUUGCACCAACGUGGCGCGCUCUCACCGACUCUUGAGGUGCUCGGAUGCCGGCAGUGUCGUUGCGGCAGGUUACACGUCGCAGCACCCAAACUCUUGCAUGCACUUUCCGACCUGAUUGCCCACGAAGAGCACUUAUUGCACAUGGCAAUACGCCACUUGGCUGUCCACGUCAUGCAAGACCGCUCGUGGACCCUGCAAGUUCUGGACGUCCUUCGUCCCGCGCAAAGCUGCCUGGGCGUAGUGUGUGCCAUAGAUACAAUGAAGCUUCCAUUAUGGCUCCAGGCGCAUCGUUCCGCGAUCCUUGAAGCCUGUGGCGGUCGCCACUACCUCGCCGUCCAUCGACGAUUCGUCCGCUCGAUGUUAUCACCGUCAUCACACAUCGAGGAGCUUACAUCCCUCUUACACAAGGAACCCCCCGAGGACGAUCCCGACACUGCAGAUUCCUACACGUCGUGCGACCAGUGUACGGUAUUCGUGCCCUCGUUGGCCGUGCCGUUGCUACCCCAUCUUCGACACAUCGGCACGUUCACGUCAGUUCGGCUACGAAAGGCUCGACUCACAUACCACCCGAUGACUCCGCUGCUCACCGCGUGUACAGACACGACUGCGGCGACGGUGCCAGGACAUGCGAUGUCCCAUCCUACAUCGCCGUCGUGGCUGCAGUUGGCUGCGAUGGAACUGCAUAUUCGCUUGGGCAUGUUUCACUACACUACUCGGCGGCGAUGGCCCUCCACGGACAUGGACACAAGCAGUCUCGGAUCACCAUCUUCGCUCUUGGUACUGUGCAGUUCAAAGCUAUCCAAGUAUCCCCAUAUUGUGCUCGCACCAGAACUUGAGGUGGACGACGCUGGGUCGGUGCCGUACUUGGUCGAAUGUCAUGGGGGUAAUAUCCCCAUCGUGCUGUCCAUUCCGCACGGCGGGAGUGCCGCGUGUCGACUGUUUGGGACGUGGCAAAAGGAGCAUUUGCAUCUGCGGAAACCAUCUUCGACUUCGAAGAAGCGCUUCUCCAACCUGUCGGAUGCCCGAACCGUGCACGUGGCUGCAGAAACGGCAGCCACGUUGGACGGAAACAUGCAGCCGUACAUGGUGCUGGCCAAGUUUCACCGCAAGUUUGUCGACGUCAACCGCGCCAUCCACGACGACGCGUACGUGCCCAAGAAAGCGCUUGCGGCUCGAAUGUAUGCGCAUUAUCACAGCACGCUGGUGCAUGUGCUGCAGGACAUGUGGCUGCGGUUCCCCAUGUUUGAUCCGCUUUUGCUCGACAUCCACGGCCAACGCGCCAAGACGUGUCCGACGCUCGGGAUUUCCGCCGUCGAGUCGAAAGAUAUAUUGUACACGGGCACUCGGAAUGGACGGACGUUGCACUCGUUGCCCCUGCUUCAACGGCAAUUUGGACUAGCGCUGGACGCGGCGUUGCGGCACCAUGGAUUCCAGGGCAUGUACCCGCCGCCCUCCAUGACCGUGCCCGAACGCUCCGAGUUUCUUGGUGGCCAUAUUGUGCAGACGUAUGGAUUUGGUGUGUCGAAUGUGAAUGCGAUGCAGUUGGAGCUGGGGACACACAUGCGAGGCACGGAAGUGACGGACGACGACAGCGAUACAUGCAUCCACCAGCGCAAGCGCACGGCGGCGGCCCUCGCGACCGCCAUCCAAGCGCAUUUGCACUCGACUGCAUUUGCCAAGUCUCACCUGUGACGAUGAUACUGUAGCUGCUCGUGAAGACGUAGGAUGGUCAGAAUAUGAUGACAGUGUUGUUGACUGCACUAGUGUUGGCUGUGGAGGUACAUACAUAUAGGUAGGUUAAAGUGAGUUGCAGUGGAUGGUGCAGGAUGGGGGAGGUCACUUCUCCUUAUAUGGCUUCGGUUGCCAUUCGUCUUGAUCGCUUAAAGCAGGCGGCGUGUGAGUUCCCACGUAGCUCUCGGUCCUUGUACUCCAUUCACCCUAUACUACCUUCCCGGUAGCCAAUACUACUGGCCCCAAGUGGGUUCACAGUAGGUGACAGACGUACGUGGCACGUACGCUGGCGCACUUUUUCAUUUACGCGUCGGAUCUCCCGCAUUCGCGUGCCGUUGCAUGCUCGCAUCCAACGUAUCGGUGGCCAUCGCGCCUGCCCCCGCCCUGCUUUCGCGAU